GCAUGCGUACUGCUGCAGGUUGGAAGGAGGGGGAGGCCAUCCAUUUCAUUUACGAGGCCUGUGCGAACUCCGCAUAGAGCGAGCGUCCAAUUGGGAUAUUCUUCUUUUUACUUCAGACAAACUGGAUGCUCGCAAUAACAUACAGCAUCUUCAUGGCCUGCCGCUUUAAGUUGUAAAGACAUUUGGUCAACAUAAAGCGAUAGCUUACGCUCUGAUGGUACCAGCUGACCAGUGACACCUGCUGAGGACACCUCCCCCACCCCCUUUACCAUGUCUGGGAUCCAGGUGCCAUGGUUGCCUGGCACAGAGUGUGUAGCCAAGUACAACUUCCAGUCGACGAAUGAACAGGACCUGCCUUUCUGUAAAGGAGAUGUGUUGACCAUAAUCGGAGUCACCAGGGAUCCCAACUGGUACAAAGCGAAGAACACAGUGGGCAGAGAGGGAACCAUCCCAGCUAACUACGUCCAGAAAAGGGAAGGGGUCAAGUCGGGGGGGAAACUCAGUCUUAUGCCAUGGUUCCAUGGUAAGAUAACGAGGGAGGAGGCAGAGCUCCUCCUCUACCCCCCAGAGACUGGUCUGUUCCUGGCGAGGGAGAGCACCAACUACCCUGGGGACUACACCCUGUGUGUCAGCUGUGACGGUAAGGUGGAGCACUACCGCAUCAUCUACCACAACGGCAAGCUCAGCAUCGACGAGGAGGAGUUCUUCCAGAACCUCAUGCAGCUGGUGGAGCACUACACUAAAGAUGCCGACGGCCUCUGUACCAGACUCAUCAAGCCAAAGCUGAUGGAGGGAACGGUAGCCGCCCAGGAUGAAUUCUCCAGGAGUGGCUGGGCCUUGAACAGAAAGGAACUCAAGCUCAUCCAGACCAUUGGCAAAGGGGAGUUUGGAGAUGUGAUGGUGGGGGACUACAGAGGGACCAAGGUGGCAGUGAAGUGCAUCAAACACGACGCCACGGCCCAGGCGUUCAUCGCCGAGGCCUCCGUCAUGACGCAACUGAGGCACAACAACCUGGUUCAGCUGCUGGGGGUGAUCGUAGAGGAGAGGGGCAGUCUCUACAUCGUCACAGAGUACAUGGCCAAGGGCAGUCUAGUGGACUACCUCCGUUCUCGAGGACGGACCGUGCUGGGAGGAGACUGUUUACUCAAAUUCUCACUUGACGUAUGUGAAGCCAUGGAGUACCUGGAGGCCAAUAACUUUGUGCACAGAGACCUGGCAGCCCGGAACGUGCUGGUGUCUGAUGACAACAUCGCCAAGGUCAGCGACUUUGGUCUGACCAAGGAGGCCUCGUCCACACAGGACACUGCCAAACUGCCUGUCAAAUGGACCUCCCCCGAAGCCCUGCGAGAGAAGAGGUUCUCCACUAAGUCAGACGUGUGGAGUUAUGGUAUCCUGCUAUGGGAGAUCUACUCCUUUGGACGUGUGCCUUACCCCAGAAUUCCCCUGAAAGAGGUGGUGCCGCGGGUGGAGAAGGGUUACAAGAUGGACGCCCCCGACGGCUGCCCGGUGGUGGUUUACGACGUCAUGAAGCAGUGCUGGACCCUGGACGUGGGGCUGCGGCCCUCCUUCCGCAUGCUGAGAGACAAGCUGUCACAUAUCAGAGCCAAGGAGCUCUACCUGUGAGGGGCAGAGAGGGAAGACACAGCAGACUAGAGCGGAGGGAGGGAGGGAGCGAGCUUCCGGGCUGGGGAAAACUAACUGAAGCAGGACCGGAACUCAUCUGCCUGCUUCACCUGUAGACCACACCCUACCUGAUACCUGAGCUGUACCUGUUUUCCUCUGGGACUGUAGUAAACCCUCCCCUGUGUUACAUUCCCCCUCUACUCUUCUGAAAGAAAGGAACGGAAGUCCUGUAUGUGUUGUAUAGCUUUCUGUCAGCUGGUUGUUUUCCUCCUCUGUCCAGUCCAUCAUCAUCCCUCUACCCCCUUCCUCCUACUCUUCUCCCAGUCUCUUUACUGUGACGUUGUCACCUCCUCAAACUCUUAUUUUCUUCUUCUCAAAAACGUGAUAAUGGGGAGGCUGGCCUUUUCCUCCACAUGUUUGUCAGGUGCUCUCAAUUUCUCUCGGUCUGUCUCUCUGUGCCUUGAUCAUUCCUGUAUCUGUGUUGAUUGGUAGUGUGGCGCUGCAUGCUGUCUGUCUCACUCUCCUGUAUGGGGCCUUACUUAGGGCCUUGGCUAUGUGCCAAAGUGCUUUCAGUAUACAGAGCUCCAGAUCCCCUCAGCUUCCAGAACCUACUCCUCCACUCGGACUAUUCAGUUUUUAUUCAUUUUUUUAAAGAAAUAUUUUUUAAAUAAUUUUUCUGGGGGAGGUUGGUUGUGCAGUUCUCUCCCUCCGGCUCCAGAACAGGUUCUUCUAUGUCCGUUAAAGAGAACAUUUCAGAGGAAAAGAGGCCAGUACAUAAAGAGCCUCCGCUGGGAAGCGCCUAUCUCCAACGCCACACAGGACAGGGGAGGGAGGGGCACUUCUCAACAUAGUCGAUUCAUCAUAUGUGGGCUUGUUUUAUAUUAAAAUAUAAUUGAAGGAUAAAGAAGCCAAGGAAAGACAGACUGAAGGAUAUAAGAACGUUUUAGUGUAGCGAAUGCUGGGGUUGGGUGUGUGCAUGCCGUGCCAGAGGCCUUGGGUUUAACUGUCAGUGCUUUCAAUGUUUAUUAUGCCACCAUGAUUAUGAAUAAAUCAUUCCGUCUGAACAGUGUGGAAAGAACGUCAACAGUCCACACUGACAUCACAGGGAGAGGGGGCUCCCCUCUGAAAGCACCUGGGUACUAUUCAGUCAUGUGAAUGUCCUGGAUGAUAGAGGUAACAGCAGGGCAGUGGGCCACUGGGGAUGCCCUGGGUGUUUGUUCCAUAUGAAGUGAACCUUUAGUCAUUAUGCUAUUACACACAUUCCCACACGGUAAAUAUUCAUUUACACAGAGGUAAUCCAGCCAUUCCACACACUUUACAUACUCCCUGGGUUCAUACAUACACUUGGGCCAAUGAAUCUUAUUUAACUGAACUGUGAAUAAGGUAUUUUAACUAUGGCUUGUUCCUGUGGUCUUCAAAUCACAUUUUAUUGGUCACAUACACAUGGUUAGCAGAUGUUAUUGCGAGUGUAGCGAAAUGCUUGUCAGAACCUGUGACUUCACAGAUUGAGCCUAAAAUAAUUCUCUCACACAGCUCUGUGUUAGAUUGUAGAAGUGUUUGAGGGUGUGAAAACCGAUAUAGCUGACAUGCCAAAAGAGUCUUCAAGCUGUGAAGCUGCAGUGUUCUGUGUCAGCUGAUCUGUUUCCAUUUCCAAUGGUCAGUCAAACAGACUAAAGCUCUUCUCAUCAUGUCAUUCUCGUCUCCAUUCUUUCCCCUGGGGUGGCUGUUCCUCCACUCGCCUCCAGUGAUAUUCUGCUGCAAACAGGGCACAUACACAGAAUGACUCUGAGCCUUAACUGAGCAGAGCUCAAAUGGAACAGCUUUAAGGGCCUUGUCUGUGUGACCGUGUAUUUUUUUGUUUUGUAAAGAAAGAAACAUGAUUCAA